CCGGACCGCGGAGCGGGGGAGGCGGCGGGAGCGCGGGCUCCCACCGCAGGGUCCCAGAUGGAUUCACCAGAAAAGACGAUAAAUAGGAGUGAACAAAAAUCGAGAAAGUUUCUAAAAAGCCUCCUCCAGAAGCAGCCGCAGGAGCUGCUGCUGGUGAUGGGAACGGGCGUCAGUGCAGCGGUGGCGCCGGGCAUCCCCGCCCUCUGCUCGUGGAGGAGCUGCCUGGAGGCGGUCAUCGAGGCAGCCGAGCAGCUGGACGUGCUGCACCCCGGCGAUGUCGCCCAUUUCCGCCGGAAGGUGGUGAAGGACCGGGACCUGCUGGUUGUCGCCCACGAUCUGAUCCGGAAGAUGUCACCUCGGACAGGCGACAGCAAGCCCAGCUUCUUCCAGGACUGCCUGAUGGAGGUCUUCGACAGCCUGGAGCAGCACCUGGAGCGCCCCCAGGUGCUGCAGUCCAUCCUCGGCCUGAUGGACCGGGGCACCAUGGUGCUGACCACCAACUACGACAACCUGCUGGAGAUCUUCGGGCAGCAGCAGGGCAAGCCCAUGGAGUCCCUGGACCUGAAGGACAAGACCAAGGUCCUGCAGUGGGCAAGAGGACACAUCAGAUACGGAGUCCUCCACAUCCACGGCUUAUACACGGACCCCUGUGGGAUGGUGCUGGACCCGUCGGGGUACAAGGAUGUCACCCAGGACCCAGAAGUGAUGGAGGUGUUCCAGAACUUGUACUGCACCAAGUCCUUCCUGUUCGUGGGCUGCGGGGAGACCCUGAGGGACCAGAUCUUCCAGGCGCUCUUCCUGUACUCGGUGCCCAACAAGGUGGAGCUGGAGCACUACAUGGUGGUGCUGAAGGAGAGCGAGGACCACUUCUUCAAGCACCAGGCCGACAUGCUGCUGCACGGCAUCAAGGUGCUGUCCUACGGGGCCUGUUUUGACCACUUCCCGGGCUACGUGCAGGACCUGGCCUCGCAGAUCUGCAGGCAGCGGAGUCCGGCCAGGGAGCCUGCUCUCGGCCCCGCGCCGACCCUGCAGGGCCUUCCAGAUGCCGACCUGGUGGACAGCACCACACUGGGGAGCGCGUGUCAGGACUGUGCAAAGAGGAAGCUAGAAGAGAAUGGAGUCGAAGUUUCGAAACAACUCCGGCCGUCAGAUGAUGCUGGAGCGUCUUAAAUCUUUAGAACCAAUAAAACCUGCAACUUGAAAACCAGCCUUCUGUAACCACAGUGCCAUACCCGAACGAGGAAUGUUCAGACUCCACAUGAUCUCCCUUAGAAACCUUCACGUACCCCGAGAGCCCUGGGGGUGUGGCCCGCGGAGGCCGGGUGACAGUCCCACGUGUUCAUGGGGUAAAGCGCACAGCUCAGGUGUCCUUCGUGAGGACUGGUGGACAGCUACCUCAGGGGCGCAGGGGGGGAGGCCUGGAGCUCCGGCUCCCCCGACACGCCCUCUGUCAAGGCGGGUUUUCUAGUAAAAGGGGGAGAGUGAAGACUGUACAAGCAACAGUAGUUGCCAAAGAGAAAAUAAGAAACUAGGCUCUUAAACUUUAUCAUUUUUAUGGGGAAACAUCUGUUACAAUAGAAAAAA